UUGAAAGGUCGAGAAAAGUAGAGAAAGUUUAGAGUGUUCGAGCAGCACGGAAGAACGUUACGAAGAGGAAUAAGCUAUCCGACAGUUAUUCCACCAUGAUAAAGUCAUCAGUUAUGAGUGCAAAGGAAUGGAACGAGAAUGGUAAUGAAGAGUUUGAAAAAGGCAAUUGGUCUGAAGCAUUAAGUCACUACACAAACGCACUGAAUGUAGAAGAGAACGAUCAUGACAAAAGAAUGUACUACAGAAAUCGAAUUGCUACUUAUUUAAAGCUGAGCAAUUACGAGAAAGUGGUUGAAGACUGCGACAAUGCAUUAAAGACAUGUUGUAACCACGCAUUGUAUCACAGAUGUUUAGCACUAGAAGCGUUAGAAAGAUUCGAGGAGGCAUAUCGGGAUGCGAAGAUCAUUAUUUCAUCUGACCCCAACAACAAAGUUAUUCAGCCCGUAGUGACAAGGUUACGUGAAAUUGUACAAGAACGUCGUAAUAAAAAUAUAAAAAUUAGUGCCAAGGUAUUAGAAAUGCUGGAUCUAGCAUUUGAAGGGAACGCAAGUGAGAGUGAAAUCGCUAUAAAUAAUUUGUUUAUGCUUGCAUGUGACGAAGUUGGUGCCGACGAGAUCUUCAAGAAGGAAGGUGUGUCGAAAAUCGCACAACUUGUGAAAGUAAAAACGAACGAUGAAAUAAUCUGUGGCGCGAUUCGUAUUGUAAGCGAGUUAUGCAAAAACAAUAUUAGUCGAACCGAGUCCGUUAUGAAAUGCGUCGGUUUGCCUUGGUGUCUGGAAAUAAUGAACAGUACAUCUUUAGAGAGAGUUAACGCGUCUCAAUGUUGUUUACAGAAUAUAUUGAACACUUACAUCAUCGACAUAAAUAAUAAACCCGAUUCAAAUUUCAACAAGGAUUUGUACGAGGCGCAAAAAAAAGUAGACACAAUUAUGUUGUACUUGUUGAACAGCAUAACGAGUAGAACGAUAACUGGCCCUGCUAGAGACGCAGUAAUAAAACUUAUUACGCAUAACAUUCGUUGCGUACCUAUGUUAGACUGGGCCAAACGAUUUGUCGAACUUCGCGGUGUGCAAAGAUUGAUGGAGGUAGCCAGUGAAAGGGAGCUAUACAAUAAAUACAAAUCCUCGAUGGACAUCACAUCCUCCACGCAAACUAUAACUAGUGUGUGUUUAGCAAAAAUAUAUGAAAAUGUGUACUAUGAUGAUGAGAAAACAUUUAUCAACGCCAUUGAUGAAUUUAUUGCAAAUAAACCGAUUUCGCCUGACAAAGAAUCUAAAAUGCGUGUAGUAGUUGCGAUAACUACCUUAUUAUUGGGUCCAUCAGAUGUUGGAAACGCAAUUGUGGCUAAAGAAGAGAUUUUGGGGAUGAUCCUCGGUAUGACGGAAACGGCAUUACGUUUCAAUGAUAUAUUGCAGCAAAAAGUGAUUCUCGAAUGUAUCAUUGCCGCUGUGACCAGAAAAGACAAAGUCCGCGCGAUCAUAAACCGAGGUGUUAAUAUAUUGAAAAAACUGUGUCAAUCCAAAGAUAAUUCAAUUCGAGUUCGAGCGUUAGUGGCUUUUUGCAAGUUGGGUAAUUCCGGAGACUCAGACGCGACUAUCAGACCGUUCGCGGAUGGAGUGAGUAAGGAAUUAAUUGAGGCUUGCAUAGAUUUUUCAUUUGUUUCGCCAAAGAAAGAAAAUAUAGAGUUGGCCGUAAAAGGUCUGUCGUAUCUGACUUUCAAUACGAAAGUCAAAGAGGAGAUGGUCGAUGAUCUAACUUACAUUGAUUACAUACUCCAGUUGACCGAGGAGAUCGAGACUGGUGAUCAAUUUCUCUUCGACGUGCUUACGAUUUUGGUGAACUUAUGCAACGCUUAUGACGAGCAAGAACCCGAGAUAUCAAAGUUUGUCAAAUAUCAUUUUCCCGAGGAAUCUGAAUUGGACGACGACUACUUCGAAGAAAGAUUGGGCGACUUAAUAAAUGAGAAUGUGAUUAGUUGUCUGGUUGACUUCGCCAAAACGGACAAUCAGAACUGCAAGGAACUGAUAGCGCGCGUUUUUAACGCGAUAUGCAAUCAACAGAAAUUGAGAGAAAUAGUUGUUGAUGAAGGCGGCACGGAGGCAUUGUUGUCGUUAGCGCUGGAUGGCACAGUCGAGGCAAAGAAACAAGCUUCGCUAGCUUUGGUCCGUUUGGAUCUCACGAAACAUGAGGUUCUAUUGCCCGGUCAACUAUUGACGAAGGUUUAAACGGUUAAACCGAUUGUAAAUCUUAUGAACCUGGAGUGUUCCGUUAAGGAGAAUUGCCAGACUCUAACAGCUUUGUGAGUGGUCAAUCGCUGUGGUCAAACG